CGAAGUUGAUUGUUAGGUAUUUAAAGUUUUCUCUGUAUGAUAAUUUUUCAUUAUGUCAACUAAAAUAAUUGGAAAAAAAGUGUCUAAUGUAUUUGUAUCUCAAGAACCUGCCCUACUUCCGAAACAGGGAAAACGAAACUCAGAAACUGCUUUUGCUGAUACGUUGAGAAAAGUUGGAUUUGUUAUCGGCGAAAAAAAUAAUGCUAAUGAAUUAAAUGUAGAUCAAGCUGUUUUUAUCAGAGACUUGACAAAAAUAUUGACUGAUCGGAAAUUUUCUUCUGCUAUCGAGGAUUUCAUAUCGGGUUUUGAAGUACAUUUAGAAGAUGAAAUACGAUUGAAAUGGAGUCUUAUGCCUACUAUUACUUCUGCUACCUGUGAAACUGCUAGAAGUACGUCACAGGAUAGCUUAGUUCAUUUACUUCUAGAUAUAGAAGUUAUUCAAGAGAAAAUAACAAGUAUUAUGUUAGAAAAAUUAGUCGAAUUUUCUUAUUGUGAAAAUAGUGCAUUGUAUGAUCGUUCAGAAGGUAAAACAGUAGCUUGUUUGAUUAUAUCUCAAUUUCGUUGGCUUAACAAAUUAGUCAAUGGGGAAGCUUUAGCGGAUAAAUUAAUCGAGCUUAUCGAGGCAACACCAUCCGAAGUCCAGCGAGACAUCAUAAAAUUGCUACCCGAUGUUAUCAAUGAAUUUGAUCAUUCUAAAGUUGCUAAAAGUCUCGGAAAAAUACUGCUUGGUAAUCAGGAGCUAAAUGUUACUAUUUUGGACACUUUAACUAAUCUUAAUAUUGAUCCUGAAUUGCUUUCUGAAAUAAGAAAAAGAGUUUUAGAAACUAUUCCAGCUGCAAAUAUUGAUGACUUACCUGUAAUAGUUAAAUUUGUCUUGCAAGAUCUCACUGCUGCUAAAGCCGCAGAAACUAUAACUGAACUUCAAAAUAAUAUAGAUUUUAACUCUACUUUUAAUCCCAUUUUAUCAUCAACACCACUGGAAGCUAAACAGAAUGAAACUUCACAAAAUAUUGGUAUUAGUGUAUUGAAUACCAUAAAAUAUUGUUUGAAAUUUCAGAAAUGUUUAUGUGAUGCUUGGUACAAACAUCUUGAGACAUUGAAAGGGCCACGAAACCACAAAUCUCUAGAUAUUUUUGUUAUUUUGAUUUUUCUAGCUUUAGAAAUGAAUGAGAAAAAGUUAGAAAGUAUGAUAAAGAAUAAAAUUAAAUCUGGAGACAUAAAUGAAGAUCUCAUUCACAUCACGUUUAGAUGCCAUCACAAAAUUCUUCAAGAAUAUGCUCGCGAAUUACUUAAACUUGCUGAAACCCUCUUGCAUUCUAUUGAGCCAUUAGUUUCUGCCUUUGGUUCCUGUAUCUACAUAAAAUGUUUUGUGUGGUUUGAUGCAUUUUAUAAGCAGGAAGUUGUUGGGAAUCUGAUUACUCAUGCGGGUAAUAAAUGUGAAAGUGAAAUCAAUGCAGCGUUAAAUACACUUGUUUCGCUAGUUCGUUUUCAUACUCAAAAGAUGGUUCCAUUUGCUUUGUUUUUAAAGAAUUUGUUAGAUCAUUUUGAUGAUUUGACAUUGAAUCAAAUUCGAAAAGUUCAUGAAAUGCUGAGCAUUUUAGCUUAUCAAGGUGGUCGAGAAGGAGCUAUGCUUCUUGAUGACAUGUUAAUUGUUAUACGAAAGCAACUGACUAAUAAAAAUUUGCGAUACAGAAAAAUGGGUGUUAUUGGAGCCUUGACAGCAGCUAAAACUGCAGCCGAGAAAGAAAAUGAUGAGGAAAAGUCAAACGUAUCAAUAUCAUCUGAAGUUCUAGAUAUUGAUGCUUGCUACGAGCAUUCUAUAAAACUUCUGGAACUUGUAGGAGAAAGUACAUCUGAAUCAUGUGAGGCUUUUGCCUUGUUUUGUGAUGAACUGUCACAUAUAAUGAAUAAAACAAAACUUGGUGCAGUUGUAUUAGAUUGGGUUGGAGAACAUGUUCUUUCAGAUUUUGAAGAAAUUUAUAUUAUCGAUGUUAAGCCUGAUGAAUAUAGUGCAGAGCAAGUUAGCCCCAAAUUUGGCUUGGAUGAAGUUAAUGAACCUAUAGCUGUGGACUUGCAUAAUAUUGUUAAAAAAGAUUUUGAAAAACUUGAAUCUGGUGUUUCACAAAAGUGUGGAAAUUUAUCUUUAACACAAAGUAGUAAAAAGCCGCUUUCUGACCAGAGCAAAAUUCUUAGUAUGUUACUUAAAAUAUCUGUCUCACCAGAAACUUCUGGCAUUCAUUGCAGUCCUCAAAAUAAGGCAUCUGCUAUGAAGUUAGCACCUGUGUUUAGACUUUUACGCAUUUUCAGGCAGAUGCAAGAUAAUAAUCUUGAAGCUAUCGAUGCUCUUUUAGGUUGUUCAAUUAUGCUACCUGAGUUGCGAAUUCAGAAAUUCUCUGUCCUCCCAGUUGCUGAAAAACACUUACUUUUAAACACCUUAUUUUAUUGCAUUAAUUGGAUAAGGGAAAAUAUUAAUGCCUUUGUUUCUAGUGAUGAUGAAGAUAUUAAGUGUAAUAUUUUAUGUCGUUUGCAACUUUUGAUAGAAAUGGAAAAUCUGGUUUGCAGAUAUAUAACUGAUGUCGAAAAUUAUAUUCCACCUACAGCAAAUUUUGACUGUGAAGAGCAAAGUUAUUUUAAAUUGUUGACAAAAAAGUCAAAUAAAAGAAAAUUAAAAGGAAAGAAAAAAGGUUCCAAAAAGGCAAAAACUGAUGAAAAUGCAGAACAAAGUCAGGUUAUUUCUCAAAGUUUCUCGCUUAAAUCACCAUCAAAAUGUAUUGAGUCAGAUGCAGAAGAAACCUCAGUGAUAAAUACUGUUGAUACUUCAAUUUUAAAGAACUUGCUACCCUUCUUUCGAGAAUUUGAUGUUGAUGUGUUUGCUUUAUUCAAAUUAGGUGUCACAUUCCAAAAAAGAGGAGAUAUAUUUGCCAACGAAAAAAUUACAUGUUUGCAGUUACAUCCUAAUGAACUAAUAUUCUUACUAAAUGAUUUAAAUAUAAAACUGAAUUAUUGCUUAUGCACAACUACAUACUUUUUAAAGACAGCUCAAAAACAAAGUCGUUUUUCAAAUUUAGAAUCGCAGGAAGUUUUAAAAAUUGUGUCUUUUUGUAUCUUACUCUUACCAUCACUCUGCAGUAUUGUAGAAGAUUGUGCUAAGUACUUUAAAAACAUUACUCUUGAGUGUGAUGGUAUAGAAGAUUCUUUACUUUUAUUUACUGAUGAUUCACAAUGUAUUAUGAAAUGCAUGAAUCUUAUUUUCAAAGUAAUGAAGCAAAUUAUUUCGUGGAAAAAUUUUAAUUUAGGAGAUAAUGAUAAGCUUUUGAAGAAAGCUCUAAAUAUACCUUUUCAGGAGAAAGAUGAAAGUGCAUCCUGUACUGAACUAGUCACAAAAGCUGUCACUUAUUUGAUCAAAUUUGUAGAUACUAUUCCAUCAUUGUCAUCUGCAGCAAAUUUCAUGCAGUUGUUGUCAUCAAUUUUAGUUUAUACUAAUGAUAAUGCACCAAAAGAAAAAGUAUCUGAAAUGGCUUUAGCAUUUCUUAAAAAAGAUUGGUUUGAUAUAGAUACCAAAUUUGCUAAAACUACCGAGAUAAAUGAAAAUAUAAAAGUAAUUGUAGAAACUUAUAUUCACAAUAGUCCUUCUGUGCUGGAAUCCUUGAAUUAUUUGUGUGAAGAAGCUAUUUCACAAUUACUGAAUGAUGAUGAGAAUAGAGUAUUUAAUACUCUCAAUAAAUCUUCUUUGAACUGCUAUUAUAAGAUCAUGCUAAUGAAUUUAGUUGAUCAUGUAAAAGGAUACUUUAUAAAAAAGCAUAGUAACAAUGAACAAAUUUAUGAAUGGUCAAUAGCAUUUAAAGUUUUUCAGGUGCUUACUAAUUUGAUAAAAGCUUUUGGAGCACGAUCUAAUAUAGGUGCGUGUUUGAAAUUUAGUCGAGAAUUUCUAAAUACAUUCUUAAGGUAUGGCAUGCCAUUAAUGGAUAAGCUCUUUAUAACAAAUAAAGAAGAAAUUAUAUGCCUAAUGAAAACACUGCAAGUGAGCACACGGUAUUUGCAGCAUGUUUGUAGUCACUCAAAAGUGUUGAAAGAUGUAUUUUUGAUAAAAUAUGUUCCACUUUUAAAGAAGAGUUUGGAAGUAUUUGUGUUUCGUGUAAAAAUUAUGCUUGCUGUGAAUAAAUGUGAAGAAGCUUUUUGGCUUGGUAAUUUAAAGAACAGAGAUAUUAAAGGUGUUGAAAUAUUGUCACAAACAGAAAAUCAUUCAGAGGAAGAGUCUGAGCCAGAAAAUAAUGAAGAUUCAGAUAAAUCUAAGAGUGGUUCGGAUUUGUCUGAUAUUGAGUUAAAUGAUGACUGAAGACUGGUGCAUUUAUUUUUUAAUCCUGUUUAUAUCAUACCUUUGUUUGUAGUUAGCUUCUCUAAUGCUCUUACUUUUCAUUCCAAUGUUAUUUCAUUGAUCAAAGAAAUUACUUUCUUAAUAUGCAAUUCAAAAUUUAAUUGAACGAGUUUAGGUGAACAUUAAGUAGUUUAAUUUUUUUUUGUUGCAUUUGUAAAAAAUAAAUUAUAAUAUUUAGUUAUUGGUUAACUAAAUGCAGUUUGAAAUAUAUUUCUUUUAUGCUAUGCCUUGUGUUAAAAGAAUCGCAAGUUUUCUGUUGUGUAGAUUUUAUAUUUAUUUAUAAUAUCUCGGUUAUUUGGUGUUAAUAAUUUCAGUAUUAUUCCGUUUUGAGGACCGUAAAAAAAUUGCAGCGAAAAUGUACGCUCAAAAGCGCCAAAUCUAGCAAAAGCUCAUUUAACAGCGCGUCAAAUCUAGUGUACACGCUAAUUUCAGAUUGCGUAAGUUUAUAUAGUUCUAUAUUUCUUAAGACACCAUGGAAAUACUAGUUUUAAGUUUUGAAUCCUUUUUUGAUAGCCUAUGAAUUUAACAAUUUAACAUGACGAAAAGUCUGCAAUAGAAUUUUGGGUAAAGUGCAGAAUCACCCACUGCUUGACGCGUUUUUAAGAAUUGCUCAUUCUCGGUAUCCACGUACACUUCGACCUAGUUUCACUGUAAAAAAAAAUCCCAG